AUGACGAUUCUUGUGCAAGCCAGGCCUGACAGCCGCAGCGGGAUCUGGGCGCCAACGCUUCGCUACCAUGAUAAGACUUUCUGGCUGGUGACGACUCUUGUAGAUGACGAAAAGGAAGCGGACGAUGCAACCAGAUGGGACAAUAUCAUCUUCAAAAGCAGCAACCCGUACGAAGAUAGCUCGUGGUCAAAUGCUGUCCAUUUCGAGUUCGAAGGCUACGACACGGAACCCUUCUGGGACGAUGAUGGCAAGGCUUACAUCAAUGGCGGCCAUGCUUGGAAAAUUGGACCUUGGCUACAACAAGCCGAAGCGAAUCUGGAGACUGGAGAAGUCGGAGAAUGGAGGACUAUUUGGAAUGGAACAGGUGGCAUGGCGCCGGAAGGGCCUCACCUCUACCGCAAAGAUGGGUAUUACUACCUGUUGGCUGCUGAAGGCGGCACUGGGCUUGGGCACAUGGUCACGAUAGCUCGGUCAAAGAACAUCGACGGCCCGUACGACUCGAACCCAGCAAACCCCAUUCUGACUAAUGCGAAUACUACCAACUACUUUCAAACUGUCGGCCACGCAGACCUCUUUCAAGAUGGGUCUGGAAAUUGGUGGAGUGUUGCCCUAUCGACACGAUCCGGUCCGGAAUGGGUCUACUUCCCGAUGGUCCGCGAAACAGUCUUGACGGCUGUAACUUGGGAAGAGGGAGAGUGGCCGUACAUGACACCCAUCCAAGGCAAGAUGAGUGGUUGGGAAAUGCCAAAGACUAAUUUGGAUAUUGAAGGCCCUGGACCUUGGACAUCGCUGGGUGAAGUUGAGGCAGACAACAUCAACUUCGAGCCAAACUCAUCGCUACCUGCCCAUUUUACUCACUGGCGUUUUCCAAUCGAGGGCUCCUACACCAUCUCGCCUUCUGAACGGCCCAACAGCUUACGCUUGACGCCGUCAAAGCUCAACUUGACGGCGCUGAACGGCAACUACGCCGGACCUUCCGGACAGACGUUCGUCGGGAGGAGACAGCAGGAUACACUCUUCACUUACAGUGUCACAGUUGACUUUUCUCCAACAGCAGAAGAGGAGGAGGCCGGGGUCUCUGUCUUCCUCACUCAAAACCACCAUUUUGAUCUCGGCGUGGUUUUGCUACCCGCGAACUCGAGUACACAGGCGUUUCCUGGACAGAACCUGACCGAGGUUGGGGACCCUGACAAGCCGACAUUGCACUUCAGGUUUCGAGGCGCAUCAUACAUACCCGUACCUGCUGACAUCGUGGCUCCGGUGCCGGAAGAAUGGGUGGGCGAGCCGUUAAGUCUGGAGGUCAAGGCUGUUAACAUGACGCACUAUUCGUUCUCGGCUGGUCCUGCUGGUGCGGCGUCGAAGAUGAGGACGCUCUUAUACGCGUCGAAUGACGCUCUUAGUUGGGGGUUUACAGGGGUGUUCCUCGGAGUGUACUGCACGAGCAAUGGGGGAUCUGGAUCGACUCCGGCUUACAUCUCGGAUUGGAGAUAUAUUCCACAGGGACAGUUUAGAGAUUAA